GAAUUAGGGUUGAGAGAGGAGUGGAGGGGAAGGAUUGAUGUGAUUGGUCCAGAAGGAGGGUGGCUGUACAGUCAUAUUCUUCUGAAAGCAUGGCUCAAUGAAUGAACACUCUUCAUUUCAGGUAGCCAGCCAACACAACAUUGAGUUCUCCUCCACAGCUGACUGAAACUGACAGUUGAACAUUGGCUGGUUGACUGAGGUAUUAUCCAUCCAUCUUCCACUAAUCCAUUGUUUUCCUUGCAGAUCACGUUUACAGAUACACAGACAGAGAAACUGCCAAGGUAACUGUGUCUCAGAUAGAUGGCUGACAAGCAGAUCAGUUUACCUGCCAAAUUGAUCAACGGGGGAAUUGCUGGACUGAUUGGUGUGACAUGUGUAUUUCCUAUUGACCUAGCCAAGACCCGUCUCCAGAACCAGCAAAAUGGUUCCCGUCUCUAUACCAGCAUGUCAGAUUGCCUUAUCAAGACCAUCCAAUCAGAGGGGUACUUUGGCAUGUACAGAGGUGCUGCUGUGAACCUGACUCUGGUCACUCCAGAGAAGGCCAUCAAACUAGCUGCCAAUGACUUCUUUAGACAGCACCUGUCCAAGGAUGGUCAGAAGCUUAGCCUGCUGAGGGAGAUGCUGGCGGGUUGUGGUGCUGGUACAUGUCAGGUCAUCAUCACCACUCCCAUGGAGAUGCUAAAGAUUCAGUUACAGGAUGCAGGGCGGAUAGAGGAUCAGAGGAAGCUGAUGUCCCAGGCUGCAGUUGGGGACCCUGGGGUCCCAGUGGAGUUGAGGUCCCAUACAGCAAUGCAGCUCACCCGGGAGACGGUAAGAACAUCUCUGUACAGCAAUGCAGCUUACAAGUGCAUGGUAAGGACAGUUGUGUGUGUGUAUACAUGUAUGAGUGUGUAUACAGUUGUGUGGUUUUUCCAUGCAUCGGCAAGACAGAACAGCUGCCUCCGGUAAGACAAGGGGUGGAGGUCUGUGUCUAUUUGUCAAUAACAGCAGGUGCGCAAAUUCAAAUAUUAAGGAAGUCUCGAGGUUUUGCUUGCCUGAGGUACAGUAUCUCUUGAUAAGCUGUAGAGUACACUAUUUACCAAGAGAGUGUUCAUCUAUAUUUUUCGUAGCUGUCUAUUUUCCACCACAAACCAAUGCUGGCACUAAGACCGCACUCAACGAGCUCUAUAAAGCUAUAAGCAAACAAGAAAAUGCUCAUCCAGAGGCGGUGCCCCUAGUGGCCAAGGACUUUAAUAUAGAAAAACUCAAAUCUGUUUUACCUGUUACAUGUGCAAGAAGAGAGGAAAAAGACUCUAGACUACCUUUACUCCAAACACAAAAAUGCGUACAAAGCUCUCCCUCGCCCUCCAUUUGGCAAAUCUGACCAUAAUUUCCCCUCCUGAUUCCUGCUUACAAACAAAAACUAAAGCAGGAAGUACCAGUGACUCACUCAAUAUGGAGGUAGUCAGAUUACGCAAAUUAGAGGUCGACCGAUUGUGAUUUAUCAACACCGAUGCCGAUUAUUGGAGGACCAAAAAAAGCCGA